UGUGACUGUGUUAGUAGUUCACGAUGAAGAAAGUUUUCAUAUUUAGCCUCAUUGCACUGGUGCUGCUGGUGACGGUGGUUAGCGGAGAUGGCAAGAAAAAGGAAAGUUCGUUCGAAGAAAGCGGAGGCAGUGAACAUGGUGGCGACCAUCACUCGAAAAAAGGCGACAAAGGUGAUAAGGGGUACGAAAAGAAGCAUGGUUUAGAAAAGUCGGAAAAGGGCAGCAAGGGCAAGGAGGAUCACGAGUCGCACUACGGUGAGGAGGGUGGUCAUAAGAAGGAAAGCCACGACGAGGGCGACCAUUAUAAGAAGCAUCAUGAGGAGAAGAAGGGAUCGAAGCACGGCAAGAAGGGUCACAAGAAGGGACACAAGAAGGGCUCCAAGACGACCGGCUACCAUCACAAAUCGCACAAGGAUGACUAUCACAAGGAGCACAAGUUCUACGACGAUCAUCACAAGGAGGGCCACCACAAGAAGUUUGGCGAUUUCAACGAGUUCCACAAGAAGCAGGGUGGCGAUCACAAGAAGGGUGGCCAUCAUGAUUCCGCCCACAAGGAGGAUAAGUACGCGAAAAAGGGACACGCGGACAAGGGCCACUUCGACGAUGAGCACAAGGGCUGGAAGCACAAGCACGGCCACGAGUCACACUUUUCGCACAAGGACGAUUUCGGCAAGAAGGGUGGCAAAUCUGGUGGCAGCGAGCACGGCUACAAGAAGGGCGAUAAGGGCCAUUAGU